AUGACUCUCUUAACAAAUUUCCACAACACCAACAAUUUAAUGUCAUCAUCCUCCAAUAAUAAUACUGUUUCUUCCACAAAUCACAACCGAAUAAUCUCCAUGAUGGGAACCAUCUCAUCAAAUGGUGCAACAUCCCCAACCACUGAUCUUGUAAAAAGUAAUCAUAUCAGAUAUAAUCAAUCGAUUCCAAAUCAUACUCAAACUGCAACACCAUUAGAUAAGCAAACAUUUGUCUUUGUUGAAGACAAAAUGUCAAAUCAAUACAAACAAUCCAAUCCAAAGAGAAAGAAGAAGAGUGUUCACUCAUCCAAUCCAAGUGGUGUUACCAUUUUCCAUCAUCAUCACUAUCAAGCUGCUGAUAAAUCAGCUCAAACUGGUGGUUCCUCAUCUUCAUCAUUAAUUAAGAAUGAAAAUCCAUUCAUUCAUCAUCCAACAAGUAAUAAGGUUAAAAUUGAGAAGAGAAAGAGCAAGGCAAAGAAUGGUGUGCAGUGUGUUGUAGUCAAGGAGGAAAUAGCCUCUCUCCAUGCCAAUGAUGAUACCAAGUAUGAAAUUGGUUUAGAAGAUGGCUUUACCUGGUGGUCUUGGUAUUAA